AUGGCGGCUAGGGACCGCUUCGGUGCCUAUGCUGAGCCGGGGCUAACACCGCUACAGCGGGCAAUCAGAAAUGCCUGCGAUCCCCAAAAUUACGAGCCCAAUCUGGCCCUGAACCUCGAAGUCGCGGACCUGGUCAACUCCAAGAAAGGCAAUGCACCUCGAGAAGCUGCCGUUGAGAUUGUUCAUCUUAUCAAUGCCCGGAACCAGAAUAUCGCGUUGUUGGCGUUGGCGCUCCUCGAUAUCUGCGUGAAGAACUGCGGGUACCCUUUCCAUCUACAGAUCAGCACAAAAGAGUUCCUCAAUGAAUUGGUGCGGAGAUUUCCCGAGCGGCCGCCGAUGCGCCCUUCGCGGGUCCAACAUCGCAUCUUGGAGUCGAUUGAGGAGUGGCGCCAGACCAUUUGCCAGACAUCGCGCUACAAGGAGGACCUGGGCUUUAUCCGGGAUAUGCACCGUCUUCUUCUCUAUAAGGGCUACGCAUUUCCGGAGGUUCGCCGGGAAGAUGCGGCGGUGUUGAAUCCGAGUGACAACCUUCGCUCGGCCGAGGAGAUGGAGGAGGAAGAAAAAGAAGCACAAUCUGCUAAACUUCAGGAGCUGAUUCGGAGAGGCACACCGGCCGACCUACAGGAAGCUAACCGUUUAAUGAAGGUUAUGGCUGGAUAUGACAACCGGCACAAAACCGACUACCGCGCAAAGGCUGCCGAAGAAGUUGCCAAGGUGCAGCAGAAAGCUAAGAUCUUGGAGGAGAUGUUGCAAAGCCAGCAACCUGGCGACGGCGUUCCUGAAGGAGAUGUCUUUGAGGAGCUUGCCAAUGCUCUGCAAAGCGCGCAUCCCAAGAUUCAGAAGAUGUGUGAAGAGGAAUCGGAAGACCCGGAAGCUGUUCACAAGUUGCUGGAAAUCAACGACAGCAUACACCGGACCAUUGAGCGUUACAAGCUGGUUCGGAAGGGCGACUUUGAUGCGGCAUCGAGAAUUCCCAAGGGUACUCUGGGUACUACGACCGGUGUUUCGAAGAACGCAAACAAUGAACUCUCAUUGAUCGACUUUGAUCCUGAGCCAGCUCCGAGUUCCAAUGGCAAUGGCGAGUCCUCGUCCCAGGGUGGAAGCGCGUUGGAGAAUGACCUUCUCGGGCUCUCCCUUGGCGAAGAAGGCCCAGGUCUUGGCGGUGGAAUAUCUUUGGGUGCCUCCAGCAUGGGGUUCCCUCCUCUGCAGACUGGCCCAUCUUUACAUGCAGCCUCUCCCCAACCCUCGCAGCAAGCGCCUGCUGCAUUCAAGCCCAAUUAUGAUAUUCUCGCAUCUAUGAACUCGUCCCGACCCAGCUCUCAGUCAUCCACCCCAGCGCCGGGCAUCUCGCCCCUGCCCCGAUCGACUGCGACUCCUCCACAGGCAGCCGACCCAUUUGCAGCGCUGGUAUCCGCCAGCCCGCGGCCUACAUCUGGGGCCUUUCAGCCACCUGCGCCAUCCUCGUCAUUGCUUGACUUGGCAGGUGGUGUCAGUCCGCCUCCACAGCAGCAACCGACUGGGGAUGCGCCGGCGCCCGAGGAUGACGAGUGGGACUUUGCAUCCUCGCUUCCACCGAGCAAUGCCAUGCCUGCCACGAACAAAGUGCAGGUGCUCAACUCGCAACUCCGUAUUGACUUCGUCGCUCGUCGCGUGCCGAGUGCACCACGACAAAUUCACAUCCAAGCCGUCUUCUCCAAUACCACCGCCCAGCCUAUUGGUGAAUUGCACUUCCAAGUCGCAGUGGAAAAGUCAUAUUCUCUCCAGCUCCGCCCACAAUCCGGCCGCGAGGUUGCGCCGCAGCAGCAGUAUGGUGUGAAGCAGGAGAUGGUCCUGGAUGGCGUCGACAACGGAAAGGGCAAUUCGGUGAAAAUUCGAUUCAAGGUUUCCUACAGGCUUGGUGCCGAGGCUCGCGAAGAGCAAGGCAUGGUGCCAUCCUUGGGAAUCGCCUAG